UUUUUUUUUAUCGCAAUAAAUAUCGUACUGUGGAAUUUAUACCAAGGUAUUAUUUUACUGUAAGAUUUUGAUAUCAUUACAUCCUUAGUUAUGAAUAUUUACAGCACAUGUUGUCAAACUGAUGAAGACAUUUUCUUCAUUUGCUGGUGUUUUAUCUAUUUGCAUAUUUUCUUCAGUUGCAGCACAUUGAGCUCUCUCGGCCACCAUAAACAUCAGUUCUUUAUUUACCCUUGCAUUGCAAUUAAGCAGAGAUUUCCAAACUGUGCGCGGCACUUCUUUCUGAAUGGAGGCAUGGUGAGUUAUGAGGUUUGACCAGUUUGAGGAUCCAGUGGAGUUACGAGGUUUAGUCUCAACCUCUUUGAAAAGCUUUUCUUUGGUUAAAUAUUUGUAAAAACCCACAUACAGACAUAAAGGAUGACCAAUAGCAUUCUUUUUUUUUUUUAAGAUACAUUUUAAAUUGUAAAAUAUGAUGAAAUAUAGAGAUACAAGAUCAUAUUUUUCCCCCUUUUUAACCAAUUUGCAAUCGCUUUGCCUUUUUAAGUUUCAUACUGACAUCUCCCACCAAGUAUGACUGGAAUUAAAAAUAUACAUGACAAGCCUAGACAAGCAACUUUCACAAACAAUUGAGCAACCAAGUGUGCAAUGUGCAAGCAUGCUAUAUAGAUUUUUAAAAGGUUUUAUUAGAAACGUAAUUUACGUAGAUGUGGGUCUACAACAAAAAAUGAAUAUUGCAGUAUCUGGAAUCUGAUGCUGUCAAAUUAGCUUGACUCUAUUGCAUUCUUGAUCGACCUGACUUAUGUCCUCCCCUAUGUGAUCAUUGGCUACUUUCUUAAUCAUUCAAUCUUAUCUCUCUCUUUCUAUAUAUGUAAACACGGCAUCAAGACAUUUUCAUUUGACAUUCGCAGUUGAGAUCAUUUUUAUGGGAUGCUUCUCUUUCUUUACACACUCACAUUUUUCAGUUACCUUCAUAUAAAGGCAGAAAAUCCUUUUUGCCGAAUGAUGGGAGACCCUAAGUACCCACUGCUUUCCAAGGAUGGUGAAGUAACUAUUGGAGCAAUUUUUGCAAUGCACAGUAAAGAAACAUUACCUUCAUUUGAGUUUACUCAAAAACCUCAGCUUCUAUCAUGCUCCAGUGUGAAUCUUCCAGAUUUUCGGCUGGCUCAAAUAAUGAUCUUUGCCAUUGAGGAGAUUAACAGAAGUGAAAUGUUGCUCCCAAAUUUAUCUAUUGGUUAUCAAAUCUAUGACACUUGUAGUUCAAGAAUGUCUUCUAUGAGUGCAACUAUGGGAUUGAUGAAUGGUCCAGAAUUUGCAGGAGGGGGCAGAUGCAAUGGAAAGCCUCCUAUACAAGCUAUCAUCGGAGAAACUGAGUCUUCUGCUACAGUGAUUCUGUCUAGAACUACAGGACCGUUUAAAAUUCCAGUGAUAAGUCACACAGCCUCAUGUGAAUGUCUGAGUAAUAGGAAAGAUCACCCCUCAUUCUUCAGGACUAUUUCUAGUGAUUACCACCAGAGCACAGCACUUGUAUACAUAGUCAAACACUUUGGCUGGUCCUGGGUGGGAACUGUGAAUAGUGACAAUGACUAUGGAAACUAUGGAAUGGCCAUAUUUCUGAAUAAAGCACAGAAAGAGGGGAUUUGUGUGGAGUACUCUGAGAAAUUCUACAGAACAGAGCCAGAAAAACUAAAAAAAGUAAUAGAUGCAAUUAAAAAAAGCACAGCAAAAGUGAUUGUUGCAUUUGUCUCAUUUAUUGAGAUGGGCUUACUUAUUGAUCAGCUAAGUAUUCAGAAUAUCACAGGCUUCCAAAUAAUCGGAGUGGAAGGAUGGAUAACUUCAAGGAGUUUAUUCAGCCAAAAUAGUUUUCAUGUGAUGGGAGGGUCACUGGGUUUUGCCUUGAGAAAAAUCAACUUUGAAGGGUUUUCAGAUUAUGUUAUAAAAGCAUUCUGGGACACAGCAUUCCCAUGCUCACUGAGUGUAGGGAAUUCCUCUCAAUAUGCAAUAAAUUGCAGCAGAUAUCAGGAUCUACUUGCACUGAAAAACUACAAUGAAGAUGUGCCUGAACAAAGAUAUUCAAGCCAUGUCUACAAAGCAGUUUAUGCUGUGGCUCAUUCCCUACACAGUCUACUUAAGUGCAAAGAACAAGAAGGUUGUGAGAAAGACCUGACAAUACAACCACAGCAGGUGGUUGAGGCUUUAAAAAAAGUAAAUUUUACCGUAAAGUUUGGAGAUCAUGUGUGGUUUGACAACACGGGUGCCGCAGUAGCCCAUUAUGAAGUUGUAAACUGGCAGCAGGACUUAGAUGGAUCAUUCCAAUUUAAAUCAGUGGGAUACUACGAUGCCUCACUGCCCCCUGACCUGCGCUUUAUGGUUAACACUAAAAACAUAAUUUGGGCUGGAGGACAGCUGGAGAAGCCAAGGUCUGUGUGCAGUGAGAGCUGUCCUCCAGGCACUAGGAAGGCUGCACAGAAAGGAAGACCUGUCUGCUGUUAUGACUGUAUUCCAUGUGCAGAUGGAGAAAUCAGUAAUGAGACAGAUUCAAAUAACUGCAAGUUGUGUCCAGGGGAAUACUGGUCUAAUGCUGAGAAAAAUAAAUGUGUGUUAAAGGCUGUAGAGUUUCUGUCAUUCACGGAAGUUAUGGGUAUCGUGUUAGUCGUUUUCUCACUGUUUGGAGUAGGAUUAACUGUGAUGGUGGCCAUCCUGUUUUACAGCAAGAAGGACACCCCCAUAGUGAAAGCCAACAAUUCAGAGCUGAGCUUCCUGCUGCUCUUCUCAUUGACUCUUUGUUUCCUCUGUUCUAUUACUUUUAUUGGUCAACCCAAUGAGUGGUCCUGCAUGUUACGUCACACAGCUUUUGGCAUCACCUUUGUCCUCUCUAUCUCCUGCGUUCUGGGAAAAACAAUAGUGGUGUUAAUGGCCUUUAAGGCUACACUUCCAGGAAGUAAUGUCAUGAAAUGGUUUGGGCCUUCACAACAACGACUCAGUGUUCUUGCCUUUGCACUUAUACAGGUUUUAAUCUGUGUGCUUUGGCUAACAAUAUCACCCCCAUUUCCCAACAAAAAUAUGAAAUAUUAUAAGGAAAAGAUAAUUCUUGAGUGCAGUCUGGGUUCUACUGUAGGUUUCUGGGCUGUUCUGGGUUAUAUUGGCCUAUUGGCUGUUAUGUGCUUUGUUCUGGCUUUUCUGGCUCGCACACUGCCUGAUAACUUCAAUGAAGCCAAAUUCAUCACAUUCAGUAUGCUCAUAUUCUGUGCUGUAUGGAUCACAUUUAUUCCAGCUUAUGUCAGUUCUCCUGGAAAAUUUACUGUAGCUGUGGAGAUAUUUGCCAUUUUAGCCUCAAGCUUUGGUUUACUAUUCUGCAUAUUUGCGCCUAAAUGUUAUAUCAUUCUGCUUAAGCCUGAACAAAAUACAAAGCAACAUAUGAUGGGAAAAACAUCUAAGACCCUCUAAAGAAUAUUUUUUUUUUUUUUUUUCAAAAAGUGAUAUUAAGAUUGCAAACUUUUUUCAUGUACAUUGAUUAAAUAAACUAUCAAACAUUUAAACAUAGUAGUAUGCACAUGUGUGAAUUAUAUCAAGAAAAAGACACCACUAAAAGCUUUGACACACUUGAAGCUUUGAUAUUUUCAAAAAGAAAAGUCUGACAACAUACAGUAAUUACUUGCUACCUUCCUUCUAUUCUUCAUAAUGAUUUUUUGUUAGUUUGUUUCAUUUAGUUUUUUUUUUUUUUUUUUUCCUGUUUAAUCUAGUUUUUUAAACAAAUCAUGUUUUUUCCCAAAGUGUAAGGGAAGGCCGGAGAUGGAGAGUCCCUGUAUUUUGGACAGUAGUGCAUUCAAUUUUCCUAGAAAUGCAUGAAGUGAUUUAAAAAUAAAUAAAAAAAUAAAAAAUAAAUACAUAAUAAUAAUAAUAAUAAUAAUAAUAAUAAUAAUAAUAAUACAAUGCAAUACAGCCACUUUUGGAAAAUAUAAUGCUAAAUGUAUUAUUUGUUUUGGGGUUUGGGGUAUUUGCUGCUCAUCAGCAUUAAAACUGUUAUGGGUGUUUUUUUAAAACCUGCUGUCAAAAUGUGGUAUUUUCUCAAACAGUAAAAUUUUAAAUAAUAAUAAAAAAAGCACAGAACAGUAUUUUGUCAAGAAACAGGAUUCUGAACAUUCAAUUAACUGCUUUACAGACUUCAGUUUACUCUGACUUCUGAGAACACUGUGCUGUUUUGCCAAAUUGUUUGUCACUCUUUUCCAUUUCCUAUAGGCUACAGUGACACUCCACUGUUUGAUAUAUUCUCCAUUUACAGAUGAAACUCUUUUAAAGUUCUCUACAUUAAUAAACUUCCAUGUAGUCAGCAGUACAAUUCACUAAAUAAAAUAUAACAGCAUUUGUCACCAUUUAUGCUAAACUUCCAUGCAAUAAAAUUUUGCAUGAUUUAUUUAAAAUUGUAUACUCAGGUGUAUUUUGAACCCAAUAAUGCUUGCUUCAAAAGCACAAAUUGUACUACAGGUCUAACACACAUCUUCAGUGAUAUUUGUAGUGAAAGCCAACAACUCAGAGCUGAGCUUCCUGCUGCUCCUCUCACUGACUCUGUGUUUUGUCUAUUACUUUCAUUGGUCAGCCCAAUUAGUCAUCCUGUAAGUUGCAUCACACAGCAUUUGGGAUAACUUUUGUCCUCUGUAUCUCCUGUGUUAUGGGAAACACAAUAGUGGUGUUAAUGGCUUUCAAGGAUACACUUCCAGGAUGUAAUGUCAUGAAAUGGUUUGGGCCUACACAACAACAACUCUUGCCUUUGCACUUAAACAUGUUCUUAUCUAUGUACAGUACAGUCCAAAAGUUUGGAAC